UCACGCUAUAAAAACAGUAUGCAAUUUGGGAGAGAUUAACAGUUUUUAAAUAAUUUUUGACAAAUCAGGUUGUGCAUUAUUGUUUCAAAUUAAAUAUUUUGAUAUAGUGAAAUAAAAAUUGAAUUUUUACAUUAUUUUUUAUAACCAAUAAAAAAUGAGUUUGUGUAGUGAUGUACAUAAUCGAAAAAUUCAUAGAACUUUUUUUCCAAAUUAUACACUAGAAGCUGGAUUAAUUUUACAAAACCUGCACAAAAACUUUUCUAAUACCUAUGAUGUACAAUUGAUCGAUAAUCAUGAUACACACCUAUUAUAUCAACGUCAGCAUUUAAAUUUUAAAGAUGAUCGUAAAACUUGGAUUGAGCAAGCUAUUGAUGUAGAAAUGGUAAACAUACAAAAUCAUUACCAACAAGAAGAAAAUCAGUAUGUCGAAAGAAUGUUAAUUGAACAACCACCGGUUGUAAGCAUUCGUCGAAAUACAAAGGAAUCUGAAAUGAAGGAUCCGGUUCAAUUACAGAAAGCUGAAUCUUGCCGACGUUCUCGAUUGAAUGGAAAAAUUAAAAAAGCCAAAACUCGUUUUCGUCAUCAAUUUGUAACGGAAAAAUUAUCUAAAAGUUGUAAUAUGUUAAGAAAUAUAUACGAAGUAAUUCAAUAUGCUGAAAACAAGUUAAUUCAAGGUGGUUUUGACAAAAAAGUUUUAGACGAGUUGAAACGUACUUUAGGUAUGAAUAAGAAUGUUUCAGAACUGCUAAAUAUUGAAUUAAUUCAAUCUAAUAACAAUAAUACAACUACUGUACGAAAUACAAAACUUGAUAAAAAUAAGAACUUUUCAAUAUAAAAUUUCAAUUGAAAUAUCAAAUGAGAUAUUAAUUUUAAUCAGUUUUAAAAAUUUAACAGAAAAAUAAUGUUCCUUUAGUUUUUUAAUUUGUACAUAAAAACUUAAGUUAUUAUAUUAAAUGAAUUAAAAAAAUCUACAUUUAAGUUUGAAAUAA